AUGUCCGGCCGCCGCCACCGUCACAAAGAAAAUCCGGUCGGCGCGGUCGAUUACAAAAAGAAAGAAAAGUAUCACAAGCAUAUGGAACGGGUGGGGAAAUUAGGAGCUAUUGCUGCUGGCGCCUUCGCACUGCAUGAGAAGCACGAGGGGAAGAAAGACCCAGAACAUGCACAGAGCCAUAAGAUAAAGCAGGAGAUUGCAGCCACUGUUGCAGUUGGAGCUGGAGGAUAUGCGUUUCAUGAGCAUCACAGGAAAAAAGAAGCCAAGAAGAAAUACCAAGAGGCUAAUGGAACGAAGCAUCAUCGCUUUUUUCAUUGA